CUUACUGCGCUUCACCGCUCGGUUGCAUUUUUUGCUAGUGUUAGAAAAUUAUGAUAUUGAAAAUGGCGUCUCUACUGCACAUAAUGGCAGUCUUUCAACAACGCUUUUCUUUCCGUCUAUCAAUAGCUUUUUGUUAUAUUUUUCUGACUUGGUUUAGUGUUUCAUAUGUUAAUUGUAUUGGCGAAGUUGUAUAUGCAGUUAAUUGUGGCGGAUCGGCACAUACUGAUUUAAAUGGGGUUCAUUACCAAUCAGAUAAGCUGUCAUUUGGAACGCCAUCAGAUUAUGGCAAAAACUUACAAAUAGGUAGAGUAGCUCCAGCUGAUCAAAUUUUAUACCAGACUGAGAGGUAUCAUACUGCAGAUUUUGGUUAUAGCAUACCAAUUAAAGACGAAGGAGACUUUGUUUUAGUUUUAAAGUUUUGUGAAGUUUAUUUCCGUGGUUCAAAGCUAAAGGUAUUUGAUGUUCGGUUAAACCAUAAUUUAGUGGUAGUUAAAGAUUUAGACAUAUAUGAUCAAGUUGGAUAUGGUAUUGCUCAUGACGAAUACAUCCCUUUUAAAAUACAAAAUGGUCAACUCAAAGUUGGAUCCAAAUCUACACCUUUUACUGGACAUCUUUUUGUAGAAUUUAUUAAGUCAUAUUACGACAACCCAAAAAUUAAUGCAUUUGUAAUAUUUAAAGGAAAUGUUGAAGACGUUCCUCGUUUGCAACCUUUAGAACAGCAUGAAGAAGAACAGCGGGAGGCUGAGUUUGAAGAAGAACUUCCCAAAGAUAAAAAGAACAGGAAAACAUCUGGACCAAAAGUAAAAGAUCCAUAUGAGCUUGACGACGGAAGUUAUUUCUAUCCAUUUAUUAUUGCUGUCGGUCUUUUCAUUCCAACACUUCUUUGUCUGUGCAAACUUUAGACUAUUUGUCUGAACUAGAAAAAUGUAUAUUUAUUUAUUAUAUAGAGGAAAUUGAAAUUUUCUUGAAAA